AUGACGACGAGCGAAAGCGAUACGAAUUCCGAUCUGUCUGAGACCAAUCGCCCGCUGUUGGACGAAUUCCCGGAAAAGGGAGGCGAUGGUAUUAACCCACGCCGUCCUUACAGCAGACAGACCCUCUGGACCAGAAUAGGAGCUAUCGUGAAGUGGCCGCUAUUGAUAAGCUGCUACACUGUUUUAAUCCUUGUGCUCCAACAUGUUUUCUAUCUCAGGCCCACAAGUGUCCCUAUAACAACCGGCAGGGAUGUUAAUGGCAUCGUGCCUGAAUAUACUGAAAUGAGAACGUUUCGACACGAAGAAGCCGACUUGUACAACGUGAAUCAUACGUCUGAGGCCGCAUCGAUAGAGGUCCGUGAAAGAUGGAGACUACUUUUUCCAGUCGGAAAUGGACAGGUUACUGUUGAACAUCCGGAAGACGGUCCAUAUUUACUUAAUCCAUUGAUCUCGAAGUCGGGAAAAGCCGGUUACUUUCUCAGUUGGGUACAUCAACUACACUGUCUCUAUAUCAUUAUGGACGCAUAUGACGAGGUAGUUCAGUUUGGCACUGAUGGAAAUGAGGCUUAUGAGCACCAAGCGCAUUGCUUCGAAUACCUUCGACAAACAAUUCUCUGCAAUAUGGACUCUACACUAGAGGGAACCGUAGAAGAAGGUGGGAGUGGCAAGCAAUUUUUUGGAAUGGGUGACACACGCGUGUGCCGAAGUUAUCAACAUGGCAAAGCGUGGGCUGAAAAGUGGCGCCAAAAUGAUGACUUGACGCUCGGCUUUGAUGAGAGAGACCAUCGCAUUGGCAAUGGAGGAGCUCGACCUGGUAUUCAGUGA